AUCUUAAAUGAAGUUGAUAAAGCUAUAAGAAAUGCAAAUCUUAAUUUAAAUCCAAUAAUUGAAACAAACAAUUCUAUCAAAGUCCCCAUACCAAAAAUAACAACAGAAUAUCGUGAAGACAUAACAAAAGUUGCAUCAAAAAUUGCCGAGAAUUCCAAAAUAAAACUUCGACUUAUUAGACAAGAUGGAAUGAAAGAUUUAAAGAAGGAUUCUAAAAAAAAUAUUUCAAGUGAUCAAAUUAAAUUAUUGGAAAAAUCGCUUCAGUUAUUUGUAGAUAAAUCUGUUAAAGAGAUUGAUGAUGUAUUGAAGGCUAAAACAAAAGAAAUUUCAGGAAAUUAA